AAUAAACUGACUAGUUGGUAAGUAAAUAAAUAAAUAUGCAUAAACACUCGAUUUUACAUUUAUUUUGAUGCAAACAAGAAAAUAGAGAAACAAAUAUUAAAUAAACAAUCUUCAUACUAAACAAUACUAAUAAAUAUAGUAAUAAUUUGUCAAAUAAAAAGGAGCUAUUUAUUGCCCACUUCUAAUUUGACUUACUAAUCAAUACUCCUUACCCUUUUUCGUUAGAUGAACGCAGCAGGUGUGAGGGAGAAUAUGAAUCAGUUGGCUCCUUCAUAAAAAAAACUAAUUAGAAACGAAGAACCACCUCAAAGCGACUUAAAUUCUCUCUAGUAGUAGAUAAUGCCAUCUGCAAAAAGGUCUUUUUCAGCAGAAGGUACUGUGAAGAGAUGCUCUAAGCUUCGAACUACUGUGAGAAAUGAAUUUUUUAAUGGAGCUAAGAAUGCUAAUCCAGAAGAAGAUACUUCGUAAAAGAAGACUACUUUAGUCGUGUUAAAGAGGUAUAAUAGCGCUUUUCCCAAGGAUUUUUUUGGCAAUGUAAGGCAGGGAAAUGACCAAGUUUCAAAUAGGGUUCAUUAAAAUGAUUCCUCUGCUCCCAGCAAUUAGGGAAUUGUGCCAACUGGAUAUACUUAUUCUAUACGCUAAGAUUCAUAUUAAUUUUUACAAUAACAGUAACAAUAACUUGGCUUUUUAAAUGAUAACUAAAGCCAAUAAAAUAGCAAGUUAAGUCGCUAGCAGAUGCAGAAUCUUAAUUAAAGUCAAUAUCUUCAUUAAAAUAUGUACUCCCUAUAAUAAGGCGUCAAAUAAAUGAUGCCUGCACCAGUAUAAUUUUAACAGUAAAAUUUAUCUAGCAUGUAAAACUCCUUGUAAAUGAUAAACUAACCUUUUCCUUCUUCAUAAAUACUCUAAUAGUAGCAGUAAUACAAAUACAGGUGUUAGAGCGAAGCAGACUCGCCGAUUAAAAAAUCUGCUUACGACAUUUUAGAAAACAGCUCUAGAAUACCAUAAAUUACUUAAAGCGAAUAAAAAAUUUAAUAUAAUAACUAGAGUGGACCAUCUGCAACACAUCAAAUGUAUAUUUAAUAAAAAUAAUAACCUUAGUAGAUAUAAUAUCUCAAAAAUAAUCCUAUAAAUAGUUCUCAGCAUUAAAAUUACAAUCAAAGUUAUUUAAACUCAAAUAAUUAUCCAUCAUCUUCUUUAGUGAGUGGAGAGAAUUCACCCUUAAAAGAACAGAAAUUUAACAACCAAACUUCUUUUACUACAGCAUCGUCUUAAUGGAAACAUAUUUUUACAAACAAUCAGUAGACUUAAAAUUAAAUUCCUAAAAUUCAAUAAUUCCAAGCUGCUAAUUCUAUAAUUAAAAAUUAAUUUAAAGCUCGAUAAAAUAUUCCUCCCAAGCCCUAAUUCUAGCACUAGAAUUACGCAUAUUGUAAAACUGAAUAAAAUGAGGACUCAGUUUAAUCAAACUCAAACAGUAUAACUGAUAAUCCUCACAGCAUUAACUCAAAUAAUAUCGAUAUGUUUAGAAAUACCAUCAAUAACGAUACACCAAAGUUUACUUCUGACGACUCAACAACACUCUCAUCAUAAUAAAAUUAAACAAAUUCUUUUACAGCUGCAAUUAUCUAACAGUAAUUGAUGUAAAGAGUCUAAAAUAAUAACCCAAGCCAAAUCAUAAACAAAUCCUAAUUUUCUAAUAAUUAAACUCAGAAUGAAUAAUUAAACUUGAAAAUUGUUUAGUAAAACGCAAAUGCUCCUUCUUCAUAUCAUAUCCAAACAAAGCAAAAAAGAAAAAGCCAAGCAGCUAGAUCAUAAAGUGAAAUUAAGCUCUCGAACUCUAUUUAUUCUAAUCAAAAUUAAGAUUAAGCACUAAAUAACUUUGAUAAGAAAAAUCCAUUAUAUGAAGAAGGAUUGCAAAAAUCAGAGAAAGGAGAUGCUAAUUUAGAUCAAGUUGAAGAUAAAAAAAAUAACUUGAAUUAUGCUACAUUUUCUUCUUCCUCUCUUCUCAAAAUAAACUACUUACAAAACGAGAAAAAAAAAUAAAUAGAAUAAGAAAAAUAGUAAAUUUCUUCUCAUUAAUAACCUACUUCGAUUUUGCAACAGAAUUUGCAAAACAACAACAACAAUCUGCUUAAUUCUUUAUAAUUAUAACAAAAUGUUAAUUUAUAAUAAAAGUAGUAAACAAAUAUGCUAAACAGUUCUUCUGGCUCGGGUGAAGACAAGUUAAACUUCAAUUAGAGUCGCUAAUUCUUUGAUUUUUAAAUUUAAAUGCAAAAUGAAUCAUAAAAUGGACUAGUUUAAUCGAUAAAUGGUACUUAAAAUGAAAUUAAUAUUUUAGAUAACAAACAGCUUUUAAAUAAGGACUAUUCGUGCUUCUAAUUCAACUUACAGCCUAUCCCUGGUUUAUAAAAUCAAGCUCUCAUAGGAUAAAACAGCUACCAAAGCUACCAUUUAAAUAGCCGAAAUAUCAGUCCUGAAGAUGAUAGAAACGGAAAAGAAAAUUUAAUAAAUCAAAUAAAUAACAUUUUCUAAAAUAAAGCUAAUAAAGUAGACUUACAACAUUCUUAAAAAUCAAAUUACUUGAAUAUCCUUCAUUCUCAACAAAACGGCUUAACUUAAAAGAUAUCAAGCAACAGUAGUGAGAAUGUGAACGACUAAAACUAGAGCAGUUCUGAGAAUAAAAAGAGCAGUAGUAGUAUACAAAAACCAAGAAAAUAGAAUGAAGAAUUCAAAGAGCAGAAAUACACUAAUGAGUUUAUAGAUGAUCAUAUUCGAAACUCUGAAAAAUUAGUGAGCAGAGCCUCUCAAAUCGAAGAAGAGAGUCCUACAGAAAAAGCAUCAAAUUUAUCUAGAAAAAAUUCAAACUCAUAAUAGCCAAAACAAGCAAAAUCAACUUCUAUAAGUAGCUCAGCUAAAAAGAAGAGUAGAAUAAAAGUGAUUUAUCCUGCACAAAUGGAUCCAAAUUCUCUGAAUUAAUCAUCUAACUUAAGAACUUAAUCAGAAGCCAAUUUAUCAACAAGAUAGAAAAAAAAUUCAAUCAUCAAACCAUUUUAAUGCCAAAAUAACAAUGAUAAUAAAAUAGAUAACAACGCUAAUGAUAUUAGCGAGGAUAAUUUUUCUCCUGUCCAUUUCCAUAGGCUCAACACGGAAGCUGACAAGGAUUCUGAAAACAUUUAAAGUAAUUAUGAUUUUUCUAGAAAGGUUUUUUCAGUAAGCAGCUUUUAGCAGCUGGAUUCAAAUAAUCCAGACUCAGCACAGUAAAAGAAAAGAGUACGCAAACCAAAGAGCUACCAUUCACAAUAAGUUUUCAAUUUAAACUCCAGUGACACUAAAAAAAAGAUAGGGUUUUUCAACUAUAAUUAGGAAUAAACAACCUCUAAUAAUAUUACUUAAAUUAUAGAAAAUACUUAAAUUUCCAAUUAUCAAAACACAAAUGCGAAAGAGAAAUAGUAAUAAGAUCAGUCCCAAGUACAAAACACUUCAACUACAACUCUUCCAAAAAUCUACACACAUUAAAAUACUCUGUCUUAAAGCAAACAAAAUUUUUCUAAACAGAGAAUUAGAUUCAACUCUUAUCAGAAAUCCAAAACAGAGAUAUCCCCAAAAGAUGAGGAAAAUUAAAAUAAUUUAUCUUUGAGUAACUAAUUUUAGAAUCAAGUUCAAUAGAAAAAAAAUAAUCUUAGCCAAUAAUAGCAGUAGCCAUCUUCUUAGCUAAAUUAAAAGAAUAAUUAAACAAUGAAGUUGAGUGAUUUUGUUUCCCUAACAGAGAAGAAAUAAAGUGCAGGCUCCUCAGAUUAUGAAUAAAAAAAGACUAACCCAAAUGAAGGCAAUUAAAAGGAGUAACUUUAAGUUAAAGCAAACCCUUUUUUGCAGUCUAAUCUUAACCCUAAUUAAUUUGAAUUCAGUUUUAGGAAUAAUUAAUGUUAAAAAGAAUCAGAAAAAUAAAUAAGUUAAUAAAUCAACAAGCACAAAAUUCAAAGUGAUUCCCAGCAAAGCUCCAGAAAUUCUAUAGUCCAACCAAAUAACAAUAAUUCAAAUUAAGCAAAUAAUAAUCAUAAUAAUUAAAAUUAAAUAUAUGAGUAGAAAAGUUAAUAGCAUGCUGCUCAUAACCAACUUACUAACUAAUUAUAUAAUUUCAAAUUAAACAUCAACAACUAGCAGCCUUAUUAAAGUAAAGAUACAACUAGCAUAAAACUAUCAUCUUCACAGCUUAAACAACCAAACAAAUUCUUGUCUGAAAAAAAGUAACUUAUCUCACAAAAUCUCAAAACUGAUUACUCUUGA